CCGGCGCGACCCCCGGCGGCGCGCCCUGCCCUGACGCCAUGCACUGCGAGGUGGCCGAGGCGCACUCAGACAAGAGGCCGAAGGAGGCCCUCGGCGCUCCGGCUCCAGGCCGCGGGCCCACUGGCCUCAGCGGCACGCACAUGGCCUUCAGGGUCACCGUGAGCGGCGGCGGCUGCGUGGAUGGGGGCCAGCGUGACGUGCUGCCCCGGCCGCCUGUGCCGCCGCCGUGUGCCCACGAACUCCUCCGGCCACGGAGCCCCAGAGACUACGGUCCGUCCAAGGCCGCCGCCGCCGGGAAGGUGAACGGGAGCUACGGCCACUGCACCCCAGGCUCAGAGAAGAGCCUGCUGGACCUGGACCUCGCGGAGUGCCCCGGCCCCACCUGCCGCCAGGGCCUUUUUCUCCCUGCGGGCUCCCCACCGCCCCGGGGCCAGCCCCCUGCCUGCGAGAGGCUCCUGCAUUUCCCUCACCCUAGCAGGUCGCCGAGACCUCAGGCUGCGUAUGUGAAUGGUGGCCUUCCAGCCACGCAGCACAUCAAGCAGGAGUCCCUGCCUGACUACCAGGCCAUGACAGAAGCUCGCGCACCACUGUCCGCUCACUGCCGGGCCCCGCCAGCCACUGGCCUGCACACAGACCUGGACCUGCCGGGCCGAGGCCUCGCUAACCCCGCACCUUCCUGUUACCUUCUGGGCAGCGAUCCCAGCUCUGGCCUGGGCCCCCCGCCUGAGGCCCACCUCCCUGAGGGCAGCCUAAAGCGCUGCUGCCUCCUGGGCUUGCCCCCCGCCUCCUCGGCCUCCUCCUCACCCUGCGCCUCAUCCGAUGUCCCCUCCAUCAUCUGCUCUUCCCAGACUGCUCUGGUCACCUGCGUCAAUGGACUCCGGAGCCCCCCUCUGCCAGGAGACCUGGGGGGGCCUCCCAAGCGGGCCCGGCCUGGCCCUGCGACCACGGAGAGCCACGAGGGCGGUUUGCAGCUUGAAGCCUGCCGGAAGGCGGGCUUCCUGAAGCAGGAGCCUGCGGACGAGUUCUCAGAUCUCUUUGGGCCACCUCCCCAGCACGGCCUGCCUCCCCCCUACCCCGUGUCUCAGUUGCCGCCUGGCUCGGGCCUUGGAGGCCUAGGGCUGGGCGUGGUGGGGAGGGAUGUGGCCGGCCGGCAGGCGUGCCGGUGGGUGGACUGCUGUGCGGCCUACGAGCAGCAGGAGGAGCUGGUGCGGCACAUCGAGAAGAGCCACAUCGACCAGCGCAAGGGCGAGGACUUCACCUGCUUCUGGGCGGGCUGCGUGCGCCGCUACAAGCCCUUCAACGCCCGCUACAAGCUGCUCAUUCACAUGAGGGUGCACUCGGGUGAGAAGCCCAACAAGUGCAUGGUGAGUUCCCACGGCCACCAGGCCGUGCCCCGACCUGGCCAAGCAGAGCAGCCCCCACCUCAGCUCUAGGGAUGGCCACCCCGGGGGCUUCCGACUGGGGGCUGGCUGAGAGGACCGAUGCUGUGGGUGUGGCCACUGGUCAGGCAGUCCGUGCCCCCAUCACGGCGAACCUUGGCUCCUCCGCUCACCGGGUGUCCCAUCCCCCAUCCCGAGGCAUACCACGUGAUCAAACACACUUGUUCAGGUGGUGACAGCACACGCUCUGCGGUCAGAGCAGGCCCGGGAAGCCUUCUCUAUUAUACGCAGAUGCUCACUGUCUCACCCACCGGUGGUCACGUGAGUCGUGGGGCACAUGCUUUCCUCCAGCGCCAGGCCUUCAUCAGGUAGCCUUCCCAGGGAGGCUCUCUGGGCCUUGGAGCAGCCCCCAGGCUUCCCUUCCUCCAAGGAGUGCCGCGUCCUCACAGGCUUCCAGCUUGGGAGCCGUGGGUCCCUUGGGCAGGUUUUGGGGUAAGGCCAGGGUUAACCUAUAAAGAUCAGCAGUGCCGAGGUUGGGGCUGAGCCUCAGGUUUCCGGGACCCACACAUACACACACACACUAACUGUGGGCACCUAGGCUCCAGUCCUUCUGACUGGUCAUUUCU